GCUGCGGGGCGCUGUGACCCCGACCACAGCAGAACAGCAGCUUCACCUCGGUGCCGAGCAUCUUUCACAUCCGGGCGGUUCUCGCUCCCUCACUCCGCUUCCCUUCCCCUGUCUGUGCUAAGCUCUGCACCGGGGAGGUCCGCGGCUGCUCUUCAAACCCCCCGCAUUCCGGGGCCCCUUCGUCGGCGUCUGGUACCGCCUUCUCCCUCCCCCACCCCCGAGGACCCCCUUCAGCCUUCACUUCGCCUUUUUCCCCCGCACAACCAAAGGCUCAUGACGCGGGCUACGCCGAUGGUGGUGCACGGCGCCGAGCGCUCCCCGUCGGUGCGACAUCUCCGCGCUGAAGCAGCAGCAGCAGCAGCCGCAGCAUCGCGGGCUAACGUAAGCUAACAACAUCGAUCUCACCGCUUCUCCUACUCCCCCCGCACCCCGCACCUCUGCCUCAGACCACCGCCGUCAGAGCCUUCUCAUCAGCCGCUGAUUGAUAGCUCAACACUGGACCACCAAGGACACCCCCACCAACCCACCCACCCACUCCACGACCGUCCACCGCCCAGCGCAGGAAGCCCACCCUUUUCUCCCCUCAUUCAGGGCCCGGGUUGAGAGCAGUUUCAUGCCGAUAUUUUCUCGUUUUUAGUCCUCAAAUCUCCUCCUCGAUCCUCUCUGUGGCCUUUUUCGGGGUCCGUUUCUUCUCUACCUCAGCACCCGAUGCCUCCCCGCCCCUGUCUGUGACCACCGCUGCACUAUAUCACCCAUCCCCGGGCUCCACAACCAGGCUCUGCUGCUACUGACAAUCCGACCAAGGAGCACUGCUGCUGCUGCUGCUGCUGCUGCUGCUGGACUGCGGUGAACCUCUGUGGACACAUCCGGUUCCCUCCACCUCGACCCUCUGUUUUUUUUUAUCACACUCUGCGUGGGGCUCACAGAUAAAGAAGAAAUCACUUUACGGACAAUUACUUCCGCCUGCUUUGUGAGCUCCGCCGCUGCGGCCGAGCCACGGGUCUCGUCAUGCCGGGUCCAGUGGCCGGUAGUAAGUCCCGUGUGUACGCCGACGUCAACACGCUGAAGAGCCGGGAGUACUGGGACUAUGAGGCCCACGUCCCCAACUGGAACAACCAGGAGGACUACCAGCUGGUCCGUAAGCUGGGCAGAGGGAAGUACAGCGAGGUGUUCGAGGCCAUCAACAUCACCAACAACGAGAAGGUGGUGGUGAAGAUCCUGAAGCCUGUAAAGAAGAAGAAAAUCAAGCGUGAGAUCAAGAUCCUGGAGAACCUGCGCGGAGGAACCAACAUCAUCCGACUGGUGGACAUAGUCAAAGACCCAGUGUCCAGAACUCCAGCGUUGGUCUUUGAAUGCAUUAAUAACACAGACUUCAAGGAGUUGUACCAGAAGCUCACGGACUAUGACAUCAGAUUCUACAUGUAUGAACUACUGAAGGCUCUGGACUACUGUCACAGUAUGGGAAUCAUGCACCGUGACGUCAAACCACACAAUGUGAUGAUUGAUCACCAGAUGAGAAAGCUUCGUCUCAUAGACUGGGGUUUGGCCGAGUUUUAUCAUCCGUCCCAGGAGUACAACGUCAGAGUGGCCUCGCGAUACUUCAAAGGCCCUGAACUCCUGGUGGAUUACCAGAUGUAUGACUACAGUCUGGACAUGUGGAGCCUGGGCUGCAUGUUGGCCAGUAUGAUCUUUCAGAAAGAGCCCUUCUUCCACGGACAGGACAACUACGAUCAGUUGGUCCGAAUCGCCAAGGUCCUGGGGACGGACGAGCUGUUCGGCUACCUGCGGAAAUACCACAUCGAACUGGACCCACGCUUCAAGGACCUGCUGGGACAGCAGAGCAGGAAGCGCUGGGAACAGUUUGUGCAGACGGAGAACCAGCACCUGGUCAGUCCUGAAGCUCUGGACCUGCUGGACAAGCUGCUACGCUACGACCACCAGCAGAGGCUAACGGCCACGGAGGCCAUGGACCACCCGUACUUCUAUCCCGUCGUGAAGGAACAAUCUCUGUCCAACUCUGACAACAACAUGGUUUCCAGUGGCAACACUACAGCACGGUGAAACACAGAGUUAAAGAAGAAUCUGAUGAAGACAAUGAUGAAGACAAUGAUGAUGAUGAUGAAGAUGAUGCUCGUUACCUCAACUUUGUACCCGGUUGUGACCGUUACUCUUGACCAGUGGAUCAAAGUGUCUCUGACCAGUUACACACUCACAGAUACUGUAUGUGCAUAUGCACACACACACACACACACACACACACACACACACACACACACAUUUACAUACAUGAAGGGAGCACAACUCCAUACACACAUUCACACCAACGCACACUGAACCCUCCUCCUCUUCCUCCUCUUCCUCCUCCUCCUCCUCCUCGUCCUCCUCUGUAUCGGUCUGUGAUUGGCUCGUUCUGGUUUCCUGUCCAGCAGCCUGACCUUUGACCUUGAACCUGCUCCCUGUGUCCCUCAUGGUCUACUCCAGACGUCUUUGUCCUCCCAGAUAUAUUGUCUCAUGUACUGUAGCUCCACAGGGACAAAGUACUUUUAAAGACAUUUAUGUCCUCCUCCUCCUCUUCCUCCUCCUCUUCCUCCUCCCCCCCCUUUAUGUCAUCCCCCUCCUUGGUUUGCAUCAGCAUGGAGAAUGAGCAGGAGUGUGUGCCUGUACCAGCCCCGCCCCUUCCUCCCUCGCUCCCUCCCUUCCGUCUGUCCGUCCGUCCGUCCGCCCCCCCAUCCUCUCAUGUCCUCCGACGGACAGAUGGACAGAUGGACGGACGUCUUAGCUCUACUCCAGUUCUUCAGUGGCAUGGUGGACUCUCUCUAUAGAUGGAAUGAUGACAAUGAUGAUGAUGAUAUUAUUAUUAAUAAUAUUAAUGAAAAAUAAAUCAUUUUUAUUUAGAUGAAUUCUGCCUUGU